AGCGUAGUUAAAAAGUCGAAGGGUGGAGAGUAAAAUGUCCGCGAUGGAGGUGGACCCGCAAGAGGAAGAGGUUGAGGUGCCGUCCUCGAGCACCUCCAAGCACGACAAGAAACGGUUUGAGGUUAAGAAGUGGAAUGCCGUAGCUUUGUGGGCGUGGGACAUUGUGGUGGACAACUGUGCCAUCUGCCGGAAUCACAUCAUGGAUCUCUGCAUUGAGUGUCAGGCCAACCAGGCGUCCGUCACCUCCGAGGAGUGCACUGUGGCUUGGGGUGUCUGCAAUCAUGCCUUCCACUUCCACUGCAUCUCCCGGUGGCUCAAGACCAGGCAGGUGUGUCCUCUAGAUAACCGGGAGUGGGAGUUCCAAAAGUACGGCCACUAGAAGACCAACCGUCACUACAUUCCUCACCACUCCACCUCUUCCUACUCCACAUUAAUCUCUCAGGGUGGAGGAUCAUGCCUUCUGCUGCUCUCCCUGUGUUUGUCUCCCUGUCUCUCCUCCUUUCAGCACCACACAGUUUCUCUCUCUCCAUUAUGCUAAGGUAGAAAGGUAGAACACAGCUGAUAAUGAAAGGAAAAUAAUUAUGUUGGAAUUCUUCUGCUUGUGUUGAUAAUGGCGAAAAAAAUAAGGAAGGAAAGUCAAUAAACAGAUGUUGUCCUCUUUUUUGUA